GGAUUAUAGCAUUUCACCUGUGCAAAUCCCUCAGACGGUGUGCUCGGUCGACCAGGAACACCCAGCCCCCAAGUGAGGUUACUUGGGUGUGGGUGAGGGCUUGGAUUCUGCGACAUCUUUUGACGUGCAAUACAGCUACACUUCCAAUGGCAAUACAACUCCAACCCCCAAUUCUGGAUUUCAAGAGCCCAGCGGCAUAGGAAAGGGUACUAUGGUGCUCAGGGGGGAGAGAUACAGCAGCUGGAAGCACACAAGAGGUAGUGUUUAUGAACGAGCCGGCAUCGACACCGGCUCGCACCCAACACCUCACAAACGUGAGCCGGAUACUAAUGACCGGAUAUUCAGGAAGAAGCGGAGGAUGAUCAGGGGAUCAAUGAAGGUGCGAAGGGUGGAAAGGACAGGAGAUGACCCAAAAUUCUCCAAAACUGACGCCGACAGUUCGCUCCACUGUCUCAUGAAGCCGAGCAGGACCGACACCGUUCCAACAAAGAACAACAUGUCCAGCAACAGAGAUAGAAUGAUCAACAGCAUAUCUGAGGAGGCAGAAGGGGUGAACGGCAAGAUAUCUCGAUGCUCCCAAACUGACGCCGACCGAGAGAUUGUGCUCCUCCCUGAACGCGAGCCGGACCCGCCGAAACGGGUAAUAAACAAACAGAAAAGGACUUACCCAGUACGUCCUCUUUCACAGAAAAGGAGAUGGAACCAACUGCAGUUGGCUGUCAAGCACUGCUUUGCCGCUGUGCGAGGUGCGAUGUGGAAGGAUGCUGUGGUUGUGGGAAAGAAAAAUUGAAUGAAGAGGUGGAAGUUGGUGUUCGUUUUCUGUUCUGGAGCCUCGUCCUCAUGCAGAUGCGGAUAGCCUUGUCCUCACGUGGGCGCUAUGAGGACGAGGCUCUGAUAUCGAUACCGGAGAGAUUUAGGGGCUAUUCACCG